AUUCCUAAACAUUUCCUUUAUUUCCAGUCUGGAAGAAUCAUUGAAGCACAAGAUAGUGACGUCAGUCAAGAACUGGAUAACCAGUCUUCAGCAGGAUCUGCGGUGAAUCGAAGAUAUGUCUUGCCAAGUGGAAGAAUCAUGCCAAACACAAUUUUUGUUGGUGGAAUUGAUUUUGAGAUGGGUGAAGAUGAAAUGCGAGGCUUCUUUACAAGAUAUGGUGCUGUGAAACAGGUUAAAAUAAUCAGUGAUGGAGGUGGAGUUUCAAGAGGAUAUGGCUUUGUUUCAUUUCACAAUGAUGUGGAUAUACAAAAGAUUAUUUCUGAAUCACAGAUUAACUUCAAAGGGAAAAAAUUGAAGAUAGGACCUGCAAUCAGGAAGCAACAGGAUUCAUAUCCAAUUCAUUUGGUCCAGGCAAGACCAGCUCCCCUUAUUACAUCGCCAGCUCCAUGUGUGUGUCAAAACACGGACACCUAUUUUCCAUCUCCUGGAUUCCCUGGGUCAGCCCUUCAAUAUGUACAGGCAAGUUAAAGAGAUGUAUUAUGUGAACAUUUUUAUUUUAAAAAAAAAAUCUUACUAUAUAAAUUUUCACUCUUCGCAAUAAACCUGCAUGUUCUCGCGAUCGGGAGGAUGUAGAAAAUUAAGGGUAGUCAAGUGUCUCAGCAGCAUUUGUUUGAUAUUUUAUGAUCAUAUUUCUUUUGCAUUUUAAGAACGUAAGGGACCAGUGGUAUACAUUGACACCCUAUGAAUUCAAUCAAUCAAUUCAAUGAAUUCAAUCAAUCUUGCUCAGUAUUUGGGUAGAAAUAUUGUCGUCUUCUGUUUAUACCAGUGUACUGGUCAGCUGCAAUUAUUUACAAUGAGAAGUGCAGAAAUUCCAGGAUAAAGGUGGAAAAACACGAAAAUGCUGUGUCAUAGUAUGGUACUUUAUUUGUCGCAUGUACGAAAGUAGCAAAAUUCAUUUUUAUAUACAAUUCAAUACAGGUAUCACUAUAUGUGAGCCCUUAGAUUCAUGUUAGAUGAGCCUCAGAUACAGUACAAGUGUAUAGCAGUAGUACUCUGAGUGUAUACAGAGUCACCAGAUUGGCGGCAUUUUCAAGUCCCUGUUGUAAGUGCAGGGAUCUUGAUCUGACCAUGAAGGCCUGUUGUGCUGGCGGCGUUGCAGGGUCGGCCUCGCCAGCGACCCACCCCCCCCUUACGAGGCACUGCAAUUCCUCCCGCAGCUGGUCUGCUAAUAGGUCCUGCAGGUGGGUUCCCAUGGAUCAUCGAUCUGCGGCGGGCCUUCGGGGUGGGUUCCGUUCUGCAGCGCGGAUCUUCCGUCCAUGGCAGGUGAGUCCCUGAUCUGCAGCGGGCUGGACCUACUAGGCGGGCUCUACUCUGCUCUGCGCCGUGGGUACACCGCUGGGACUGGUGUCGGGCCUAUCAGGCAAGUCCCCGGUCUCCGGUGGCGAGUCGGGGCUUCGGUAUACGGGCCAAGGCACUUCUCGGGUUAUUUUCGCCCAGUCCAUUGCUUGCAUCGGAUGUCUAUGAAUGCUUUGUAGUACAUGCAGACAAUUUGCAGAUGUUAUUGUGUGCACCAUUCUAGACAAUUUAAUAAUCCAUAGACAGCAGGUAGUGCCAGCAGAUGCUGGUGUCAAGGAGAUCUGGAGGUUCUAUGGCUGUAGAAUUUACAGGGGGAAUUGAGACGUGCAAAGUCUGAAGUAGAAAUGUAGCAUUGUUUGAACUAUGGGGGGGUAGGGGGAAGAAAGAGUCAUGAGCCUGCUGAAUCGUAUGCAAAGCACAUUAUUGGAGCAACAUCUGCAGAAGGAAAUGGACAGUUAAAGUUUUAUGUUGAGACCAUUCGUCUGGACUUGAUGAGUAUAGACUAGGUAGCCAUCGACUUUUUGUUUCCCUGCAACUGGUAGUCUGGCGAGAACA